GGUAUUUGUUCGUGGCAUUUUCGUGCACUCGGAUCGCUCUCAACGAACAACAGAGAUUCAUCUGGACCGCACUGCACUGUGGUUUGUUGCACAAACAACUAACGGCAUGCUUCAGGAGGUAUGGCUAGUGCUCACAGUGGCUGCUGCUACAGCGGUAGCCGUUGUGCCCUCACCGCCUACCAUGAUCAAGCAGCCCAAACAAGAACAGCUUUACCAAGUAUCCCAGUCCCAGGAUGAACCAGACAAGCCUUUUGCUCUGGAGUGUGAGGCCCAGGGCAACCCUGAGCCUACAUAUCAGUGGACUAAAAACAACAAGGAGUUUGACCACGUGUCGUACGACAACCGUAUCUCUCAACAGCCUCACCGAGGCACACUGCUGUUCAACAAACCAGAUGACGUCGACGAGGGUCUCUACCAGUGUCGAGCUACUAAUGUGCACGGCACCUCUGUCUCUAAUGCAGUCUUCCUUCGAAAGUCUGGAAAGACACGCAUCACCCUACCUCCCGAAAGCCAUGAGGUCGCAGCUGGCAAAAGUUCGACAUUCCGCUGUGGAGCAGAGGCUGACCCUAGCCUGGAACUCAAGAUAACGUGGCUCUUUAAUGGGGAACCUAUUGACCCGGAGUUAGAUGCACGAAUGCAGGUCAGCGAUAACUCUCUUACAAUUACACGCACCAUGGAGCUGGAUUCUGGGACAUAUACUUGCCUGGCGCAAACGGAGCUGGAUGACGACCGAGCCAGUGCUACGCUGAUUGUGCUAGAUGUCCCAAAUGCACCUCAGAUUGUGCAUGUCGAGUGCGAGCCCGUCACUGCCCUGGUGGAAUGGAGGCCAACUGGAGAUCGUCGUGCCCCCAUCCUCUCUUAUUCCAUACAGUACAAUACUUCCUUUACGCCCGACAUUUGGGAGGAUGCCUUUGUCAACAUUCCUGCUCCAGAAACUAAGUUCAAGGUGUCUUUGAGUCCAUGGGCCAACUACACAUUCCGCGUUGUGGCACGCAACAAGAUUGGAUCCUCACCACCGUCCACGCCCUUUGGCUACUGCAAGACACUCGAGGAUGUGCCCCACAAGAACCCUGAUCGAGUGAGCGGACGGGGAGAUCGGUCAGACAACCUUGUUAUAAGCUGGGAACCGAUGUCGCCCAUCGAACACAACGCACCUGGUUUCUUCUAUAAGGUAUUGUGGAAACGGGACGAUCUGCCCGAUGCUUCCUGGAACUCCCGUAUCAUUGAAGACUGGCGUCAGCACUCACACGUGGUUUACGAUCAGCCACCUUGCAAACCUUACCGUAUCAAAGUGGAAGCUUAUAAUCGCCGAGGCCAGGCACAUACUGCAGCGUACGAGGUGCUUGGCCACUCUGGAGAAGACGAAGAAGGGUGCCAGUAAUUUAGUGCUGCAUGGCAAAUGUAGAGUAUCUCUCGAAAAUUACUUCCCUUUACAUUAAAUCCUGACAUUGUCCUCCUUCCUCAUGAAAGCA